UGUCUCGGCCAUCAAAACAAUAUUGUGCGAAGUGCGCGUAUCGAACAAUAAAUAGUCGAAUCAGUGAAGCAUUAUUACUUAUUAAACAACAGCGGCCACACAUGAUCGUAUAGAAAAAAAACUAUAAGAUCAAGUGAGAGAGAGAGAGAGAGAGAGAAGCAACCCAGUCAGCUGUGUGUGUCAUCAUCGCCAGAGUUAGCGCAGUAACCCGAGUCCUCGGGUAACUGCGGUGAUGGCAUUGUGAUGCCGUCGAGUUCCCGAGGAUGAGCUGAUAAAUCGAAUAGCCCUGACAUCGAGUGCGCGAGUGUCUGUGUGUUAUUACCUCUACGCAGAAGAGAUAGAGAGAAGAAAGGAAGACGCGCGGAGGCGGCGGGUGAAAGGACGGGAUUGUGCACGAGACGCCCUGUCAAAAUACACAAUAGUAGCAGUAUACGGCGGAGAGUGGCCAGCAGUGCUUCUCGAGCGUGACCUGCGGGAGUCAGGAUUUCCGGGAGUGAGCAGGAGAUAGGCUUUUUGGCGUGCGCAAGAGUACAUCGAGGGCAGCAGCGAUAACAAGAUCUCCAACAGCAAGUCUCUCGCAGCCAGAAGCAGGAUGAGAAAAAUCCAAUCUCGUGCCCAUAAACCAGGAGAAUCUUCCUCUCCAGCUGACAGCUAAAAAAGAAGCCUGGAACCACAGCGCAGGGAGAUAUAUAGGAAAAGUGUCUGUGUGCAAACUCGGAGCGCCUCGUCCUCGCGUGAAUUAUCGAUUUGGCGCCUUACGUGCGCGUCCUUGCGCGUCUGUCUACCGUAGGCAGCGCGUAUAGCACCGGUGUGUGCUGCACUCGCUACUUCCUAUAUACGUGCGUGGCGUUUCGCAGUCCACGUGUCGGCUGGUAUUUUUAGCAGAACGCCGCCGCCGACGCCGACCUUUAACUUGCGCGAGGGACGUGCUCUGCGGCGCGAGCGAGAUACCGAGGUGAUAAUAAUAACAAUAGUGCAGUACACACACUGAGUGAGCCAGCCGUCGCUCAGACGAAUCGUGGAAGAUGAGCUCCGUGUGGAAGAGACUGCAACGGGUCAACAAGAGAGCGGCCAAGUUUCAGUUCACGGUCUCGUACCAUGAGGUCACCCUCGAGACCACGACCAAGUGGAAACCGAACAAAUUGAGCGUGGUAUGGACGAGGCGAAGUCGGCGCGUGAGUUCGGAGCCUCUGGAAUGGGAGCCGAGCCUGAGCGAUCCCCUCAAGGGGACGAUCAGCUGGUCUGUGCCCGACAAUCACACCGUAUCCGUGACCCUGUUCAAGGACCCCAGGACCCACGAGCUCGAGGACAAAGACUGGACCUUCGUCAUUGAGGAUGUCUCGUCUACGGGCAAGCGGCGCCAUGUGGCCGCCCUGAAUGUGAACAUGAAGAAGUACGCGACCCUCGAAUCUAGUCAGCAGCAGCUCAAAUUAGACCUGAAGCCUACCUCGAAGAAGAUCGUCAGCGCCAGGCUCGAGUGCACCAUGUCGUGCGUCUUCCUCCGAGAGGGAAAAGCGACAGACGAGGAUAUGCAGAGUAUGGCCAGUUUAAUGUCGGUGAACAACAACAGCGACAUCGCGCCUUUGGACGACUUCGACAACGAGGACAUACCCGAGGACGUGGAGGAGGUCUCCAUUAGGAACAUCGACGAGAUAUUGGAUAUUUCUGCGCAAUUAGAUCUGAUGACGAGUAGCCUGACCGGAAGCGAAGUGCCCAGUACUCCGAUAAGUGUCGCCAGUUUAUCAAAGGACGAGACCACGCCUAUAAACGAGGAGCAACGACGCUUUUCGCAAGAUAUAAGCUUCGCCGGUGAUAUCGUCGACACGACGGUCAAGGAGAGGCCGUACAUUAAAAAUGAACUGGUGCAAAACGACAGGAACGCGGAACACAAUGCGAAAAGAGCAUCCUUGCGACCACUGGACCUCAAAAAGCCAAACACCUCGGGUCAUCGCAUGCGGGAUAUUACUCCAGGACAGGAUUUGCUCGAGUGGUGCAAGGAAGUAACCAAAGACUACCAGGGCGUCAAGGUCACGAAUCUAACGACAUCCUGGCGCAACGGAAUGGCUUUCUGCGCUGUUAUCCACCACUUCAGACCAGACCUUAUUGACAUCGAUUCCCUGCUGCCGCACGACGUCAAAGGCAACUGCAAGAAGGCGUUCGACGCCGGCGAAGCCCUUGGCAUACCCAGAGUUAUUGAACCCGCCGAUAUGGACAUCCUAACUGUACCCGACAAGCUCGCCGUGAUGACGUACUUAUACCAGUUACGGGCACACUUCACGGGUCACGAACUGGAGGUGCACCAGAUCGGCAAAACUACCGAUGAAUCCUCUUACAUGAUAGGGAGAUUCAACACGGACAAUAAUUCGGACGUCAGUGUGCAGCUCUUUGGCCAGGAGAUUAUCAAUCUAAGGAAGAAGGAGCAGGCAGAUCAGCGGAACAAUAAACUCGACAAUAAUAGGCGUUCGAAUCCAUUUGACUACAAGAAAGACGAUAUAAACAUGGAAUCUUUGAGAAAUAAGUUACAUCUCAGUUUGAGCAUGGAUCACCAGGACGAUCAGUUCAACAAGGAAAAGUCGCCCUCGAGUGUAAAAGAUGUCAAAGACAUCAUUCUUGCUAGUUCUAAAAGUAUUCUUGGAAAAGUUUUGUCCCCUACGAAAGAAAAGUUCGCCAAGGAGCAUGUGACGAGAGAAAAGAGUAAUUCCCCAACGCGAGUUACGCCGCAAGCUCAGCAACCACAACAACAAACACAGCAACCACGUCCUAUUCUUAUGACGCGGCGCCAGUUGACCGAUCCAUUCGGUUCAGACGAUGAAGAAGAAAACUUACAAGUCGUCGAGGACAAAGUUUCUCAGUCUCUUUCGAUCAGCAAAGCGCAAACUCCCGUACGAGACGAUUCCGUUCAUUCGGCCGAGCGAGGAAGCCGAGGAAGUUCCGAAUGCCGAGGCGUGUCACCUUCACAGGACGAGCAGCAUCGAAUUCAACAUCCCUUAGUGACCCGUCAUGAAGAACUUAGAGAAAGAGCCAGACAACUAUUAGAGCAAGCUAGAAAUCAGAAUAAAAGCACUGGGCUUGGUUCCACUGUCACAAGUCCUGUUGAGCAGCAAAAUGAUGAAGAGCGACAGCAGCAACUCCGGGAACGGGCAAGAAAAUUGAUAGCUGAAGCAAAAAUGGGUGUCGCAGUUAACUCUAGUCAAAUCGGUGAUGAGAAUACCAGUGAACGACGUUCUUUUGAUGAUCAAAACAAUAGUCCCAGAAGAAGUAUAACUCCGUCAACUCCCGGUGAUCGUAUUAGCGUUAAAUCGGAGUAUAAUGGAAACGUUGUACCAAAUGCGACAUCCCCUGAUGCUGAAAAGAAGCUUGGUUCCCCUUUAUAUUCGUUUUCAAAAAUCAUGGAAAGGAUUUCACCAGAAAAGAGUCCCGAUGGUGGUCCUUACGCUCGAAGAGGGUUGGGAAAAGAUAUGUCAUCAUACAUACAAAACGAAUUAGAAGCCCUUGAGCGCGAACAGAGCCAGAUAGACGUGCAAGCAGGCAAACUUGAAAAGCAAUUAAGAACGGCUAUGGAGAGUGACAAUGAAGAAGAAACGGAAAGACUAAUGUCAUUGUGGUUUACUCUCGUCAACAAAAAGAACGCUCUCCUCAGAAGGCAAAUGCAGCUGAACAUUUUAGAAAAAGAGGAUGAUUUGGAAAGAAGAUUUGAACUCUUAAAUCGUGAAUUAAGAAGUAUACUUGCAGUUGAAGAGUGGCAGAAAACUACAGAGCAAAAAGUUCGUGAAAAUCUUUUAUUAGAAGAAUUAGUAUCUAUAGUUAAUAAAAGGGAUGAACUUGUGCAUCAUCUCGAUACGCAGGAAAGAGCAAUCGAAGAUGACGAUGAAAUAGAACGCAAUUUAUCUAGAGCUGGAUUAGCACAACGAAACAAAAAUUGUGUUAUUCAAUGAAACAUUGUAGUUGUCUUUUUCACUGUUAUUUAAAAAAAUCAAGAUGCGUCCUAAAUUGCAGUAGAGUUGCCAAAGAUAAAGUGACAUUGAGCUUGAAAAAUAAAUGUUAAUGGAGUAAAAGGUCUAAGCAGUGAUGAGCUUUUAAAAGCAUUGAUAGCCGUUUUGAAACGACAAAGACAAUGCAUUUUUGAAGACGUCACGUGAUUUAUGUAAAACAUUGUGAUUGAUUCUUUUUACGAGCAUUAAGAAGGCACUUUUAUAUCUUCGUAUUGCAAGUUUAUCAGGACUUAUAAUGAGAAUUUGCUUGAUCAUCGAAAACUGUCUCAAAGAUCAACAAUUUAUUGAGACAGUAACAAUUAAAGGGGUGCUUUUCAUUUUGUUGAUUGAAAAAAGAAAAAAACUCAUUUUAACUGACUGAAAGUAUUUUAUUAGGUAAUUUGAUGAAUCUUCGAUGAAUGGAAAUAGAAUUUAGUUAGAAAAAUGAGCUCUUUAGGUUUUUUUCAAGAUCUCAGAGUUUUAAUACUCUAGUAAUCAUUUUGUUAGAAAAAACAUUUCAUUUAACAGAUAAAGAUGUAUCACAGCACCAUCUAUCAUAUAACCUACAUAAAUGACGUAACGUACAUUUACGUCAACUACGUCUAUUAAGACAUGCUGCAAGCAAUGUAUCUAUAAUUUCAAAGUUUGUCUUCGUCUUUCAACUCGCAUACUCGAAAUCGUGCCAUAUGUGUGUAUUGAUCAUGGACUUACAUAGUGCUGUCGUGUUUCUUUUUUAGUUAUUCUCUACUCAAAUUUAAUGAUAGACAUUCGGCAAUGUGAGUCGAAACGAAGGUGCAAUGUUUUUCUAAAGCUUAUAUUUUUCAUACUGAUUUCAUACUCGACACUUAGCUUGUAGGCCUUACUUUAUUUUGUAUAUACGUCCUCGUGCUGAGUUUAUAAUUAAAGUGUCUUUAUUAGCGUUGUUAUUUAAAGGUUACUUUUAUUUUAUAGAAUUAUUCGACAAUGCGAAAAUAUAUAUAUUUUUUAGCGUGAAAAAUCGUAGAUCGACAAAAUUUUAUGUAAGAUAUAAGAUAAAUAUAGAAACAUCUUUAUUUUCUAAAUUCAAGUAUAAGAAAACAUGUUCUUUCUCUAUAAGUUAUCAAGCAAAUAAAACGUUCACAUGAUAUUUAUAAAUUAAACCUACUCAUCAAAAUCAAACAGAUAUUUCAAAACUAUGUUACUUUAUUUAAUCUUUUAAUGCAAACACGAAAAUGUUAAAUUUCUUUGAGUUUUAAAUUAUACAAUUUAGAAUUCCAAAUUGUAUUCAAGAAUAUUUACUUGAAUUGUACUAUAGAAUAUAAAUACUUUAAAAGCGCAAAUACGAUGUAUAAGCUUAUCUACAACUUUUAAAGUACAAUGACCUAAGUAAUCAACAAAAGCUACAUAUAUAUUUGCAAAAGUUAUGUUGUAAAUAGAAAGUGCCGUGUAAGCUUUCUCACAAAUAUACAGAACAAAAGAUUUUAUUUAUUAAUAAUAAGCAGAAAUGGCACCUUCCGUUAAGUUGAAAUAGACCCAGUUUGUUGAUACUGAAAAAAGUAAUGUGUUCUUCUCUAUUCACACAACACACAAAAAGAAAUCAUUCUUGCAAAGGAUACACGUCAUUGAAGAAAUCAAUUUUCUUAGUACAAUUUUUUUAUAUUCUACGAAAUAAAAAUCAAUUUUAUAUGAACAAUUAUAUAUUUUACAUUUUAUCUAUAUUGAAAAUACGUAACUAACAAAAAGUGCCUGUUUUAACGUGUAAAGUAAGGUGUCCAUAUCUGUCGCGAAAAAGUGAUAUAUUGGAAUUUCUGCAAAUUCUAUUUUAUCGUGGCAUUCGUGCUGAACUUUCAUGACAUUGUAAGUAGUAUCUUGAGUAUAAGCGCACUUGCGCAUCUGAAAAAAAGAUUUCUAACACUAGCUCGCUAAUCCAGUGCCUACGAUAGCGGUUACAAACACACGUCGUCCUUAAUUCAAAUUCAGUUUCCCUGUCUUCAAUAAAAACUCUUGCCAGCGUUAAAUAAAAUAUUCUGAAUGCAGUGAUGGAAAAAGAAAGCAGUGUUUACAAAAGUGAUCUAUUGUGUAUUGAGAGAGAUAAGAAAACGAAAAUAAUAAUAGUAAUAAUAAUAAGCAUAUUCGCGAAGUCUUUAUUAAUAUCAUGCAAUAUUUAUUUAUAAGAUUGAAGCUCAAUAAAAGCACCAUACAAAUUAUUUA